CUUUCUCACUUGUCUCACCGCACCCGCCCCCUCUUGCCUUAAAACUUCCCGACCCACUGCUAGGUUUGAACGAUGUUUGGGUGCUGCGUUGCCGGCCGUCUCAUGCAGACGAAUCUGCAGCAGAUCGAUGAGACGCAUGCGAUGUUUGAGCUGCCCAAUGCGGGGAGCAUAAAUCAUAUAUGUGUAUUCUUGCUGGGAACUGUCCCUUUCCCUGAUGGGUACGGGGCGAGCGUGCACUUCUACUGGCCCGGGAAGGGCUUCCAGUUGCUCGGGAUGCUGUCGAACGAAAAGCCCUCAGCGAUAUUCCGCCUCCGGGGCACCUUCGCUCCGCAAAGCAGCACCUCGCAAGCCCACUCCGCCUUCUCCUCCGGCACCUCGACGCCCACCAUCGGCAUCGACCCCUCGCAGGUCCCCGCCGACGUGACGGCCGUGCUGGGCCUCGCGAUCGAGCCCCUCCCCUCCAUCAUGGCGCAGAUGGCCACGCUGCCCGCCGCGCUCGCGAAGCCGCAGGUGAGCCCGCUGAGCGAUCCGACGUUGCUGGCGGAGAGGAUCGUGAAGCACUUGUUUAAUUAUGUGAGUGGGUUCGUGGGCGGGACGGGGAUCACGCCCGAGAGUGCGGUGCCGAUGGGCGUGAUUGCGAGGUGGUACGAGGCGUUCAUUGGGAAGGUGAAGGCGGGUGGGGUCGGUUUUUUGGAAAAUGUCGAAUAAGUGCGAGGAAGUGAAGCAAGGAAAGAUAAAUGUAUUGUAUUUGGGACUGAUCCUUCGCGCGGAAGUCAAAAUCUUCUACAUGUACUCUAGCAUUUAAUGGUAUAUCCAGUGUCAUCAUCCACUCCAUCGACGCGGCAUGAACUAUGG